GCGGCGGACACUUCGUAGCGGGCGGCGGACACGGCGGAUCCGGGCUGGGCGCUGGCUUAAAGGGGCCGCAGCGACGGGGCCGGGAGGGCCCGGGGCAGCCCCCGCUCCACCAUGCUGGUGGGCGAUGGAGCCCGGCGAGCGGGACGCGCUGUCGGUGCGGGAGCGGCUCUUCCACGACUGGGUCCGGGAGUGCCUCAUCUGUGCCCUGCUCUUCACCAGCCUCUAUCUCCUCUGCCACGUGGUCAUAGCCCGCUUCAAGAAGCAUGCGGACUUCACUACAGUGCACGAUGACGAGGACGCUACUGUCAACAGGAUCGCGCUGUGGAUGUGCACAUUCACACUGGCUGUCUCGCUGGGUGCUGUGCUCCUGCUGCCCUUCUCUAUCAUUAGCAAUGAGGUGCUGCUCUCCUUCCCCCAGAACUACUACAUCCAGUGGCUCAAUGGCUCCCUGGUCCACGGCCUCUGGAACCUGAUCUUCCUCUUCUCCAACCUCUCCCUUGUCUUCCUCAUGCCCUUUGCCUACUUCUUCACUGAGGCAGAGGGUUUUGCCGGAUCUAAGAAGGGCAUCAUGGCCAGGGUGUACGAGACCUUCGUGGUGCUGCUGCUGCUGACGUUGCUGGUGCUGGGUAUGGUCUGGGUAGCGUCGGCCAUCAUCGACAAUGAUGCCGCCAGCCGCGAGUCCCUCUACGACCUGUGGGAGUACUAUCUGCCUUACCUCUACUCCUGCAUCUCCCUCUUUGGCAUGCUGCUGCUGCUCUUGUGCACACCCUUCGGGCUCUCGCGCAUGUUCACUGUCACUGGGAAGCUGCUGGUGAAGCCGAGGCUGCUGGAGGACCUGGAUGAACAGCUGAGCUGCACCGGGUUUGAGGAAGCUGCCAUCUCCCGCAAGAUCUCCUCCAGCACAGCCUCCUGCUGGCUGAACUUGAAUGUGGCGGUGCUGCGGGAGAAGCUCCUGGUCAUCCGGAGCCGGAGGAUGGCGCUGGAGCUGCGACAACGAGCAUCCCCCUGGCAGAGGAACCUGGGAUACCCCCUGGCCAUGCUGUGCCUGCUGGCACUGACGGGCAUCUCCGUGCUGGUCGUGUGCGUCCACGUGCUGGAGCUGCUGCUGUACGAUGCUGCCAUGCCACGGGGCACCCAGGACGCACCCCUGGGUAAGGUCUCCUUCUCCAUCUUUGGCUCCUUUGGCGCUGCCCUCCAGGUCAUUCUCAUCUUCUACCUGAUGGUCUCCUCCGUUGUGGGCUUCUACAGCUCCUCCCUGUUCAUGAGGCUGCUCCCCCAGAAGCAGGAUACCCCUAUGACUAAGAUCAUCGGGAACUGCGUAUCCCUGCUAGUACUCAGCUCGGCAUUGCCUGUCUUCUCCAGGACACUAGGCAUCACGCGCUUCGACCUCCUGGGUGACUUUGGCCGCUUCGACUGGCUGGGGAACUUCUACCUCGUGUUCCUUUACAACGUGCUCUUCGCUGCCCUGGCUGCCCUCUGCCUUGUCAAGAAGUUUACGUGGGCCGUGCAAGCUGAGCUCAUCCGCGCCUUCGGUCUGCACAAGCUGUCGCUACCCGUGGCCCGUACACGCCAACCCUGCAAGAUGAGCUAGGACAAGGUGCUGACAGCAGGGUUGGGGCCAGGAUCUUGGUGCCCCCCGUCCAUCUCAAAGGAUUUGUUUGUUUUAUGCGUUCUGAGCCAGAGAAUCAAAGAACCCCAGAGGGGCAAGGACCCCCCACCCUUCAUGGUGCAGGUGGCAGCUCCCAGGCACCCUGGUGCCGAGUAGGGCCCUAGGCUCCCACCUACCAUGUGCCCCAGCCCCUGGGAGCCUGGAGCGAGAGGGAAGCUGCUGGUGCAAGAGGCCAGGCCCUGGAGCUGCUCUCCUGCUACCUCAUCUUCCUCCCAGCAGGGGCUCCGGGGCCACGUUUACAUGUUCAAAGUGUCGCACUACAGCCACUGCUACCCAGCCCUGCUGGCUGGGAUGGUGGCCUUGACCCUGUACCCAUUUCCCCCUUGCUCCCUGGGGCUGGUGCCUCGGGCACAUUCAUGUACCUCUCAGGAGCUUCCUGGGACACUAAAUCGUGCACCGUCCGCAGUUUUUAGGGAUGGGGUGGGGGGCAGGUGUGGGUUUAGACCAGGGGCAGAAGGGAGCCCCUGGUGCAGGGGGAUGGACCAGGCUUGAGCGUAUGGGGCGGGCAGAGGGGAGAAGGGCAGCAGGCCUGGCUGGCAUCUCCCAGCGGGGAGGAGGAGGGGACCAGUCUCAGGGUGUGAAUCCCAGGCCUUGUCUGUUACUGUGAACAUGCAGGUAGGGGAGGGGGCAGCUAGGCCCCUGGGCUGUUCACCCCUGCCUGCCCCAACUGUGUUGAGUGUAAGUGUGUGUUGGGUCUGUUGUUACUUGCCUAGAGUAAUAAAUCCAAGUGGUGUCUUUUUUUUUUUUUAAGAAAAAGUAAGGCCCUUUCUUUGGGGGGGGGUCACCUGGCUAU